AUAUGCCUAAAAUUGAAAGAGAGAGAGAGAGAGAGAUGACAAGAGCGGAAAAAAAAACGUGAAAAAGAGAGAGGGAAAAGUCGCGGAGUAAUGCCAGUCUCGCGAGUUACUGUUGAGUUGAGUUCAAGUUGGACAACCACGAUAAUAUCUGUCAGUUUGAGUGUGUUUCUCUAAUCACUUGUAUUACCUAACAAUAUUCUGCUCGAUAAUAUUAUUCUUAUUAUUUUUUUUUUUUUAAAUUAUUUAUCAUUUUUUUUUUUUUUUAUUGUUAUUUGAGAUACACGUGUUUGAUCUUUAAUAAGUCAUUUAAAUAAAAUUAUAAAAAAAUUAAUUUUAAAUUAUUUUUAUAAGCAAAAUUUAAUUUGUUUAUUGAUUUUUUUGAAUAAAUUAUAACAAGUGGUUAUUAGCAAUAAUUUACUCCAAAUUGACUUAGAUUAUAUAUAUGAAUUUUUUUUUUUGAGUGAUUUUUUUUUUCGAUUAGACAAUUUUGUAUAAUAAAAGUGGAAAAUUUAUAUUUGUGAACUGUAUUUUUAUUGGCUUAUAAAAAUAAUUAAGACACAGUGACAGGUGAUUGACCGAUGAUUUUUGGUCGUUACUAUACAGCAUACUGAAUUGAAUUUGACUGAUUUUUUAUCACCACAUUUUUUUAUUCACGCACGCAAUAUAAUUUUAAUAAUCUAAAAGACAAUGGCACCAACAGUUUGCAUGUCAGACAUGCCAACAACAAGAGCUGAUGCACCAUCCAGAAGACUGCGAAAUAAAAAUGGCAUAACAAGACAUUCAAGAAUGGAAUUUAAAUACAUUGAUAAUAUCAAAACAGAAGUACACGAUAAUAAUAACACUGAAAAUAUAACAGAAAAUUCAAAUAAUUGGAGCAACAAUUGUGAUUAUAAUGUUGAAAGAUUUUUAUCGAAAUAUCAUUUAUCAAGCAAUCAACAAAAUGAACAGUGGAAAAUAAUUAUGAAACGUCGAAGAGGACUUUUAGAAAUAGCAGCUCGUACUAUUGCUCUAAUACAUCGUAAUAAUAUUUUUCAAAAAAAAGUUGAUGCUUUACGAUAUGAAACACAAGAUUAUUAUCUUCAAUCAUCAAUAUAUGAUAAUAAUAAAAAAAAUAAUAUUAGUAAUGAAAUUAAUUGUAAAUUUCCAAAUAAUCAAUCAACAAAUAUUUGUGAUAAAAAUGAUAGUAAUUUAAUAACAAGUAUUGAAAAUAAUUACAAUAAUAAAUCAGAAAAUUGCAUUUAUCCAGAUUCCGAAAGUGAUCAUGAUACUUCUGAUGAAUCAGAUCGUUAAAAUACUUGUGUAUUUAAUUUCAGCCUACAUAUUUCAUUUUUUUUUUUAAAUAAAAAAUAUGUAAUAUUUAUCACUAUAUAUACACAUUCACAGAGUACUUACAAACUAUCUCAUUUCAUAUCAAAAUAAUUUUUUAAAGCUCCCAAAAAAAACAAAGAAAUUUAUGUAAAUAAUUAUUUCGAAAAAAACGAUAAAUUGAAUUUGUCUAGAGAAGAAAAAAAAAAGGAUGAAAAUAAUGUCUGAUCAAUUUUAUUAUUUAGCUAAUUAAUUUUACAUUUAGGCUAUUUAUACAGACAAAUUCGAAAAAACAUUACCAUAUUAUUGUUAAUAAAUAAAAUAAUAAUUAAUAUAUUAUUUUAAUAAUAAUAGAAUAUUAAAAAGUAAAUUUAAAUAAAGCUAAAGCAAUUUCGAAAGAAAAUGAAAAUUUGACUGUUUUUCGACAAAUAAAUAAUGUAAAGAAAAAAAAAUAAAUAAUUAAUUUUGAAAAUGGUAUUAAUUUGAUUGGAUAAUGAUGAAUCUUGUGCCUAAUUUUGUUUGCAAAUGAUGAUUCAAGCUAAAAAACUAAACAGCAAUACUAUAUUAAUAAAAUAUAAUAAUAAUAAUAAAAGUAUCAUGAUUAUUCUCUUAUCGAAAAGACACUUAUUGCGGUAAAAAAAAUAAUAGAUGCUUUAUCGAAAUUAUCACAAAAAAAAUAAAUAUACACACGUACGAGUAUAUCACUUUCUAUUUGUAUUACAAACGAUGUUAAUCCUCUUAUAUUCAAGGUCAUGUGUAUUUUAAAAUUAUCAGAUAAAUAAAAUAAAUAAACAAUUGAUUGUUUUUGUUUAAACAACAAUCAGUAUUUAUUUAUUUUAAAUAUUCAUGUGAUAUGAAAUUUUGUCAUAUCACAAUAUUUUUUGUAUACAAUUAUUAUUAAUUUAUAAUAUUAUUAUUUAGUAAAAAAUAAAUCAUAAGUCAUUGAGAAAAGAAAAUAAAUAAUACAUAAUAAGAAAUGAUUUAAAAAUUGAUUAUCAAUUGCUUGGAAAUAUUGAGUACACAUACUGUUAAAAAAAAAAAGAAAAAGGUGAUUAGAUAAUUUAUUUAUUAAUAAUAAUAUUUUCAAUAAUGAAAAAUAAAUAAUUACUGCAUUAACUCCUUCAAGUAUUACAUGAAUUAAAAUAUUAUCAAUAAUAAUAAUCUGUAAAUUAAGUAGUCUGAAUUAAAAUGAAUAAAUGAAAAAAAAAAUUUGAAAAAAUAAAUUUAUUUAAAUGAUGAUGAUUUCAUUAACAAUUUAAAUAUAAUUUAUACA